GCUCGACAGAGCACAGGGGGGAAUUCCCAUUGAAACUUCUCAACCCUCAACACUCACAAUGGCUCUCUGGACUCGACAAACAGCAGACGGUAGCACCGACUACCAAAAUGCCGUCUGGGCAUACUAUCGUUACUACCCAUCCGAGGCUGCAGCCAUCCUCUUCACCAUCCUUUUCGCCAUCACCACCUUUGUCCACCUCUACCAGCUCUUCCGCCAUCGGACCUGGUUCUUUAUCCCAUUCGUCAUUGGAGGGUUCUUCGAAUGGGUCGGGUACAUUGGCCGGAUCUUGUCCAGCCACGAAAGUCCCAACUGGUCAAUGGGGCCCUACAUCCAACAAACCCUGCUCCUCCUCCUAGCUCCGGCGCUCUUCGCGGCCUCUAUAUACAUGAUGCUCGGACGGAUCGUGGUCCUCCUAGAUGCCGAGCACCUGUGCAUCUUCAAGAAGAAGUGGCUCACCAAGUUCUUUGUCGCUGGCGACAUACUGUCGUUUACUGUCCAGGCUGCCGGCGGCGGCAUCAUGGCCAGCGGGACCCUCUCAGCCGUGCACACCGGCGAAAACGUCGUGAUAGCCGGCCUCGUCAUCCAGAUUCUCUUCUUCGGCUUCUUCAUCAUCACCUGCGCGAUCUUCAACCGGCGCGCGGACAAGACUCCCACGCCGCGGGCGCUGGAACUAGCGAGCCUCUGGCGCAAACAUAUCCGCGUCCUCUACGCUGCAAAUAUCCUCAUCAUGAUCCGGUCUGUCUUCCGGCUGAUCGAGUAUGCCAUGGGGAAUGAUGGCUACCUGCUGCGCCGCGAGGCGUUUCUCUACGUGUUUGAUGGACUCCUCAUGCUGGUGGCGAUGGUCUUGUUUAAUGUUGUGCAUCCCAGCGGGGCGAUACAGCGUGAGAGGAAGGAUAUGGAGAUGAGUCCCAGUGUUUAGUAUUUUUUUUUUUGAUUCUGGCGCUGUUUGGUUGGACCCGGGGCUAUUGUUACUUGGUAUAUUUUGUGCUGUUUUCUUUCUUUCUUUCGUCUUUUUUGCCUUUAGCAGAUAUAGAAACAGUGAGCUUGGAUAGACC